GAUUUUUCAGUCUGGUUACGUUCGUCUAGUCAAAUGGUAGUCCCGCUACGAUUCGCUACAACUUGCCGGAGUUCAGUGCUUUGUCGUAGAUCCGAUAGCCCGGCAGCAUGGUUCAGUUCGACUGGCGGCGGAUGUGCCGCAAAAAGCGGAAGGUUCCUCAGGGCGGUGCUAUCCUGGAUCAAGUGAUUUCCCAGUCGGCCAACGCGUCCAACCAGUGCCUGCUGUACAAGAUGGCCAACUACAAGCGCGGAGGGGAUCUGAUCGAUGCCUUCCAGGUCGGCGGGCAGAAGGCUGUGGAGCAGCUGAUUCGCGAACAGUUCGGGGUGUUCAUGUACAACAGUGGCCGCGGACAGAUCAUCAACCGGGCCGAGUAUCUGCGGUGGAAGUACAUGGAUAACCACGAGGUCGUCAUUCCGAUCGAGGCAUCGCUGUCUCCGCAUGAUCCUUUGGGGAAAUGGGUCGAUCAUAAGGCCUGCUGGCAGAUGCAAUACCGUGGAUUGCUGGGAGAGAGUCUGCUGCACGUGUUGAUCAUCUGCGAUACGAAGAUUCACACCAAGUUAGCCCGUAUUCUGCUGCGCGUGUUCCCCGAGCUGUCGAUCGACGUGAUGGAAGGCGAGGAGUACCUGGGCGCUAGCGCACUCCACCUGGCGAUCGCGUACAGCAACAACGAGUUGGUGGGCGAUCUGAUCGAUGCCGGAGCGGACGUGUCCCAGCGCGCCAUCGGACGGUUCUUCCUUCCACGGGAUCAGCAGGGUCUGAAACCGGCCAAGAACACCGACUACGAAGGGCUAGCCUACUUGGGCGAGUACCCGCUAGCUUGGGCCGCCUGCUGCGCCAAUGAAUCCGUGUACAAUCUCCUGCUGGAGUGCGGAGCGGAUCCAAACGCUCAGGACAGCUUCGGGAACAUGAUUCUGCACAUGGUGGUCGUGUGCGAUAAGCUGGAUAUGUUCGGGUAUGCCCUACGGCAUCCAAAACUUCCCUGUAAGAACGGAAUCGUCAACGAGUCUGGUCUGACGCCGUUAACCCUAGCCUGUCGACUGGGUCGUGACGAAGUGUUUCGUGAGAUGUUGGAACUGUCGGCGAGAGAGUUCUGGCGAUACAGUAACAUCACCUGCUCCGGGUAUCCUUUGAACGCUCUGGAUACCUUGAUGCCGGAUGGAACUACCAAUUGGAAUUCGGCACUGUUCAUCAUUCUCAACGGAACCAAGGAAGAGCAUCUGAACAUGCUGGACGGUGGCAUCGUGGAACGUCUGCUGGACGAGAAGUGGAAAACGUUCGCUCGGAACCAGUUCAUCAAGCGACUGCUGAUCCUCGCUCUGCAUCUGUUCUGCUUGUCCUGUUCGGUUUAUUUGCGACCGGCGCGAGUUUACAAGGAAGAGAGCGGAGACGGUAGCGAUGGAGGAGAUGGAACAGCUGCUCCGGAUGGGGCCGAUGGAGAAGACGAAGAAAUAGACCUAACGACUUGGUUCCGGUAUGGAUUUGAGAUCGCUACCGUGAUGGGAGUACUGAGCUACGUAGUUCUUCAGCAGGGCGACGAGAUCAAGAAUCAGGGAUUGAUCUCGUUCAUAAAGUCACUUGGAAAUGCACCGGCGAAAGCGAUCUUCCUGAUCUCCAACCUGAUGAUCUUGGCUUGCAUCCCGUUCCGUAUGAUGGGCGAUGUCGAACACGAGGAAGCUAUUCUGCUGUUCGCAGUGCCUGGUUCCUGGUUCUUGUUGAUGUUCUUUGCUGGUGCCAUCGGAUUGACAGGUCCCUUCGUAACCAUGAUCUUCUCCAUGAUCACCGGUGACAUGUUCACCUUCGGGAUCAUCUACAUGAUCGUGCUGUUUGGAUUUUCCCAGGCGUUCUACUUCCUGUACAAAGGUCAUCCGGAGGCGGAAGAGUCCCCAUUUGGAAGCUACUUCGGCACCUGGAUGGGCCUGUUUCAAACGACCCUCGGUGAUUACGACUACGCCGACCUAAAUCUGACGACCUACCCAAAUCUGGCGAAAACCGUGUUCAUCAUCUUCAUGAUCUUCGUGCCGAUCCUGUUGCUCAACAUGUUGAUCGCUAUGAUGGGCAACACCUACGCGUACGUUAUCGAGCAAGCCGAAAAGGAAGGCAUGAAGCAGUGGGCCAAGAUCGUAGUCAACCUGGAACGGGCGGUCAAACAGGAGGACGCCAAGAAGUAUCUGGAGGAGUACUCGAUCGGAUUGGGACCUUCGGACGAUCCGCGUUAUGAGAUCCGUGGCGUCAUGGUCAUCAAGAGCAAGAGUAAGACCCGUGCCAGACAGCGCAAGGGAGCGGUAAGUAACUGGAAGAGCGUUCUGCGUGUCACGCUGAACGAGCUGAAGAAGCGAAGCAUGACCGGUGAGGAGCUGCGACGGAUCAUGUGGGGACGAUCGUCGAUCACUUCCCCGGCAAAGAUCUCCAAGAAGAAGAAGAUCUACGAGGACGAGGAUCCAUUCGCAAUUACCAACGCCAUCGAUGUGAUGUCCUUCACGCAAGACAUCGUCAUGGUGAGUAGCGAACCGACAACCGGGCCCCCAACGAUCGACCCAACCAAACCGACCACCAUCGCCGUCAAGCCCCAAACCGCGCCCGCUGCGCAGCCGCCGAUCCCGGAGAUUCCUCCUCAGCCGCCGCUGGUCAAACGGCAAUCCGUGGUCAGUGCUCCGCCGGCCUACGACGAUUUCCCGCCGAUGAAGGACUACAAGGAUCCCCUGCGGGAGCUGGUCAUCAUCUCGGAGUCGCCCUCGGUGGACGAUCAGUACGCGCAGAACUGCAAGGCCCUGGCGAACGAUGCGUCCACCCUGGAUCACGUGCACGAGAUCAACCUGGCCAAGCAGACCCAGCUCCGGCAGGAGGAACAGAAGCAACAGCAACAGCAGACCUUGGGUCAGUUGAAUCCCUUCCUGGAAGCGAAGGACGUUGUCGAUCCGGUGAAGGAACGCGAGUUUCUGAAAACACUGGAAGCUCUGGAGGACACCGACAGCGAAGCGGCCGAGAAGCCAGUCCUGGGCAAGAUCUCCUUGAUCCGACGCGCCAAGUCGGCCGUCUCGAGGACAACUUCCAGGAAGAAGAAAACCGACCAGCAUCCGCUGUUUACGAUCGCUUGGGACGACAAGAACCUGGCCCGGACCCAUCCGGAGGAUUUUGGAGCGCUGAACACGGCCUACGAGUACUGUGCCGAAGAUUUGAAGCACGACGUGGACGAGGAAGCGAAGGAGGAGGAAGACGAGGGCGUGACGGUGGAGGAGGUGCAUCGCCGGAUGGAACAAUUGCACCAUCGGGGCCGAGCUUCUUUGGAGCGGGACAGCAACUCGACCGAGAGCAGCAAGAAGCAUCCGCACCGGAAGCGACAGGGCAUGGGUCGCGGACGGAACAACAAGGUCUCACCGGACACGUCCAACGAGAGCGUUUCCGGCAAGAAGGACAAACGGAUGAAGUCGGCACCGACGGGAAGCGGAGUUCGGCAUCGGCAGCUGAUGGGACAGGAAGAGGGCGGCGCAUCGCCGCCGGAUCCGCUGGAACCGUGGAGUACACGGGACAUUUGCAAUAUCAAUAAGCUGUUGGACACCGAUACGCAGGAUGAGUAAAUCCGGAAGUUGGUGGAUGAAUUUUGUAGUAACGUUUUGUAGAUUCAAGUUCUUUAAACUUUGUACAUGCACCGUUUGCAAAUAAUUCUAAAAUGUUACUUAGCACAUUGAAAA